UUCUUUUUUUUUUCUGUUCUCUUUUCAGGAACCGGCACACACGUGACCAUCGUAGAAUGCAAGCCCUCACAUCUUUACUGCUUCUAGUGCUCUGCCUACCCGGUAUUUACAGCGAAGGAGGUUUGUCGUACAAGAUCCGCGAGGAAUUACCUGCUGGUACUUUCAUAGGGAAUAUUCUAACCGAUGCAAAGAUCUUGGACAGCGUGGCCCCAGAGGAGCGAAAUCUUAUCAGACUGCGACUGCUGAGCCAAGCAGGGAGAGGGUCUCCAGCUUUGUUUAAUGUUAGUGAGGUAUCGGGGGAGUUGCAUACUGCGCAACGCCUCGAUGCCGAGUCUCUGUGUGACGUGGCCAUCAUCUGCAAAAGGACAGUUGACGUGGCGGUGCAAAAAGACAAGGAAUUGUUGAAAGUUUUGAAGGUUGAAGUCAUUAUCGAGGACUCCAACGACCACGUACCGUUAUUUGCUGAGAAAGAAAUUGAGGUGCAGUUCCUGGACGGAGACACGAAUAAGCGAAAAUCGAUAGCUAAGGCAACCGAUGGUGACGUUGGCGUUAAUAAUUCGCACAUCACGUACAGGUUGGAGAAGGAAGAGAGCAGCGACCCGUUCAGGCUUGACGUUACGACUCGGCCCGACGGUUCGUCCGACCUUUAUCUUUACCUGGAUGGAAAACUAGACAGAGAGACAAAGCCAGGAUACACAGUUCGAAUUCUGGCCGAGGACAACGGAAAGCCUCCCAAAAAAAGCAGCUUAGACGUUAAAAUAAUCGUAGCCGACGUGAAUGAUAAUGCUCCGGUUUUUGAAAAAGCAAAGUAUAAUGUGACCACCGAAAAUGAAGUCAAUAAAAGUAAGGCAAUUGUUUACGUGAAAGCUAACGAUGCAGAUUCAGGGAAAAACGGUCAAGUAAGCUACAAAUUCAGCUCUCGGACGUCUUCAGUGGCUAAAAAGCUUUUUGAAUUAGAUGAAGACACAGGCGCGAUAUAUUUGAGUCAGAAAAUUUCCGUUGAGCAACCGACGAAAUAUAAACUGUUUGUAGAAGCCGUUGACGGCGCUGAGCGUCCCCUGAGCGCCCAGGUUGUCGUUCAUGUUCAAAUCAUUCACUCCCAAAAUAACCCUCCCAAGAUUAGCAUAAACUUCGUCUCCCAUACUGCGAAAAUCACGGAGGGUGCAAACUCGGAGAGUUUCGUGGCGUAUGUCCAAGUAAAAGACCCGGAUAUUGGCGAGAACGGAAAAGUGGGAUGCGCGUUGACGCACGAGUACUUCCGGCUGCGUAGCUUGGACAAAGAUGACUAUGAAGUGGUAAUUAAGAAACCAGUAGACCGUGAAACGAACGAACACUUUAACGUAACGAUCACGUGUCGUGACCAAGGGUCUCCGCCUCUCCAGAGUGAGAGUAACUUCCGGGUAGAAGUUGACGAUAUCAAUGACGAGUAUCCCCAGUUUGAACGCCCGGUCUACGACGUGACCUUUGAAGAGAACAGCAUUAUAGGCAUAAAAGUAGAAGCGGUUUCGGCCCGAGACAAAGACAUCGGUCAGAACGGUGAGGUGCGGUAUUUCUUCGAUCGAGACGCGCUGCCGUAUUUCAUUGUCGACCCGCAAACGGGUAUCAUUCGCACCGUAACGGUAUUCGAUCGCGAAUCCACGUCGAAGAAGGAGUUUAAAAUCUAUGCCAAAGAUCUCGGCAAACCGUCCCACACCAGUAGCGCCACCAUGCGAGUAAACGUGCUCGAUGUGAACGACGAGGCUCCGGUAUUCACUGAAAAGCUGUUCCACUUCAAAACGUAUGAAAACCAACUUCCGAAGUUCCCGGUUGGGUUUAUUAACGCCACCGAUAGGGAUCUCGGUGACGGCGGAAAACUGAGCUAUUCGUUGAUUACAGACGAGAACCAAGUACUCCCUUUCUGGAUUUCAGACGAUGGGUUUUUAUCGGUGGGGCAGCUACUUGACCACGAGUACCAAAACUCAUACAGAUUCAAGGUGUUUGUAAAAGAUAACGGUAAACCUUCGUUAAACAACACAGUCGAUGUUCUGGUUGAUGUACUGGAUGAGAACGAUAACAGGCCGUAUUUUCUGUUUCCUAGCGUCACCAACUUCAGCAUGGCCAUCUACUACUACCCCGAUGGUGAGAAAGAGAUAACUGUCCUGCAGGCCACCGACAGGGACAGCGGCGAAAAUGCGCGGCUGAGUUACGAAAUCGUGUCCGGCAAUGAAAACGGUUUGUUUGCGGUCGACGCCUUGUACGGGUCGCUCUCAUUCGCCCGCGAGGCUAACAGAGAUGAUAAUGGCAUGUAUAUGUUGCAGCUCAUGGUGAAAGACCGCGGAAAGCCACCCUUGUCCACCACGGCUAACUUCUCCCUAUCGUUAGUGGUCAGUAAUGAAACGUCAAACAAACACGGAGAAUUCCUUACACCAAGCAACGGCGGAGUGGGCCAGAACCUGCUCGUCGUCAUCGCCUUGAUUGCCGUGACUGGGUCGGUCGGGUUGGUCAUUUUAAUAACAAUCUGCGUGAUUCGAUGGAACGACCGGCGGCAAACCAGCUCACGACUGACCUCGUCCUCCUCGUCGGCCUCUUCUGGCGGGCACCAGAAUUCCUCCAAAUGCCUUCCAACGCCGCAGAUCUCAACCGCUCUUGAACUGGGCCCGUCUUUACAGAACGACAACACCCUCAAAGGGAACAGCACUUUCCGAACGUCUCAGAGGAACCAAGACCGCAACAUAUUUAACCCCUGCCAUGGCAAACAGUCAGAAAUUUUCCAACCCACAGCAGCAACAGUUAACCAAGGCCAGAUCCCUCUCGACCUAUAUCCACUUCGCAAUAUCUCCUUUACAGACCACGACCAGAUGAUGCACAACAAUCAAAUAAACAACAACAGCGUCCGCACCUUUCGAACGUAGAGACGAACCCCUACGUCAGGAGUGUCUUCC